GAAGGCUGAGCAUUUGCAAAUUCCGGCUCCAGGGCGCGGGGAGCAUCCUAUCCCCGCCGGCCGGCCGGGCAGCAGCCGCAGAACGGGACGAGGCUUCCCGGCUCCUCGUUAUCCUAAGGCUGCCCGCGUUAUCCCCGCCUCCCCCUGCCCGCUGCCCUGCCCCGUGCCUCCCGUGCAACAGAGCGAAGAGCGGCAGCCCGCGGAGGUCCACUCGGAGCCGAGCCCUGAGCUAGAGACCCUGUCCCUCUCCUAGCCUCGCAGGCACAGGCAGAGCCCUGGGCUGAACAGUCAUGACAGCUGAAAAGACUAUUCCUAUAAUUAAUGGCAAACCAGAAGAUGCUUUGGACCCAGAAGCCUCAAGUACCAACCUCGUCCACAGAAAUGAUAAGAAAGUUCAUGAAAGAGGUCACUGGAACAAUAAGGUUGAAUUUGUGCUUUCUGUGGCAGGGGAGAUUAUUGGGUUGGGAAAUGUAUGGAGAUUCCCAUAUCUUUGCUACAAGAAUGGAGGAGGUGCUUUCCUCAUUCCAUAUGUGGUAUUUUUUAUUUGCUGUGGAAUACCAGUAUUUUUCUUGGAGACGGCCUUGGGACAGUUUACUAGUGAAGGAGGCAUUACAUGCUGGAGAAAAGUUUGCCCUCUAUUUGAAGGUAUUGGAUAUGCUACUCAAGUUAUAGAGGCGCAUCUAAAUGUAUAUUACAUCAUCAUUUUAGCAUGGGCUAUCUUCUAUUUGUUUAACUGCUUUACUACAGAACUUCCUUGGGCUACCUGUGGGCAUGAAUGGAAUACAGAAAACUGUGUGGAAUUUCAAAAACUUAACAUGAGCAACUGCAGUCAAGUCUCUUUACAAAAUGCCACUUCACCAGUGAUGGAAUUUUGGGAGUAA